AUGCACGGAGCAGAUGACAACAGUGGGCUGACAGUGCUUGCAGGAGAGGGACAGUCAGGCAGCUGCAUGAUGGCCAUCUUCCCUUCUUCCCACAGAGCUUUGCCCUCCGACUGCCAGAUGCUCCUCUUUUCAGCAACGUUUGAGGACUCUGUGUGGCAGUUUGCUGAGCGAAUCAUUCCUGACCCUAAUGUUAUCAAGUUACGCAAAGAGGAGCUGACCCUGAACAACAUCCGACAGUAUUAUGUGUUGUGUGAGAACAGGAAAGACAAAUACCAAGCUCUGUGCAACAUUUAUGGUGGCAUCACGAUAGGCCAAGCCAUCAUCUUCUGCCAGACUCGUCGAAAUGCCAAGUGGUUAACUGUGGAGAUGAUGCAGGAUGGCCACCAGGUGUCCUUGUUAAGUGGGGAGCUGACAGUGGAACAGCGAGCUUCCAUAAUUCAGAGGUUUCGGGACGGGAAAGAGAAGGUUCUUAUAACAACCAAUGUUUGCGCUCGAGGGAUUGAUGUGAAGCAGGUCACAAUUGUUGUGAAUUUUGAUCUCCCUGUAAACCAAGCAGAAGAGCCAGACUACGAGACCUACCUCCACCGCAUAGGGCGGACAGGACGUUUUGGGAAAAAAGGCCUCGCCUUCAACAUGAUUGAAGUGGACAAGCUUCCCCUGCUUAUGAAAAUCCAGGACCACUUUAAUAGCAGUAUUAAGCAACUGGACCCUGAAGACAUGGAUGAAAUUGAAAAGAUUGAAUACUGAAGAACUUUAUUGUUUGUGAGAUAUCCUAGUUUAUGUGAGAAUGUUCCAGCAGGUUUUGAAGGUAAUUUUUUAUGUUGAGGCUGUUUCGGUGUGAAAUUGUCACAGAUGGCAAAAUAAAUGUCAUGGUACCCUUCAUUCUAAGACCUGAGGUCUUUUUGAAACCAAAUUGACAUGAGGCACGUGAUACUUUUAAAUAAUACACCAAGAUUCUUUCUU